CCUCUAGCUUCAGUACUUCACCUCUUGACCUCAUCUCGCGGGAAAAAUGAUUUGAAGCUCGUUGACUUUGUCGCCAGAUUUGCACAUAUUUAUUCCUUAUUUAGAAACAAAAUGUUCAUUACAGAUAUACGGACACAAUUCUAUGACGUCAUUUUACAUCAUAGGGUGUUGGUCCUAGUUGCUGAUGACGUUGAUGCAAUAUGUGCAUGCAAGAUCCUCCAGACUUUGCUCCAAUGGGAUCACGUUCAGUACACCCUGGUUCCUGUAUCAGGCAAAGACGAUGUAGAACAAGCUUUCCUGGAACACUCUGAGCAGCUCAAGUAUGUGGUGCUGAUAAACUGUGGCGGGACUGUAAAUCUGCUGGAAUCGUUGCAACCUGAUGAAAAUGUAGUCUUCUUCAUAUGUGAUAGCCAUCGACCUCUCCAUCUGUGGAAUAUCUACAACGAAACCCAGAUCAAACUUUUGAUGAGCCCUGAUGAUGACUUUGAUAUACCAUCGUAUGAAGAAGUCUUCAGAGAUGACGAGUCGGACAGUGAUGACUCUGGGGCGGAAAGUGACUCAUCAGAACCAACGGGCAAGAGAAGAAGAUAUGAUGAGGAUGCUCUGGUACGGAAAAUGAACAGACGACAGGAGAGGAGAAACUGGGACGAUAAAAGAAGCAAGAUCCUGUUUGACUACGAAGAGUUUUCCUAUUAUGGUUCUUCUGCUGCUGUGGUGAUGUAUAACUUAGCAUGGAAGAAGUCAAAGGACACUAAUGACUUGCUUUGGUGGGCUAUCGUAGGGCUUACAGAUCAACUCAUUCACAAGAAGAUUGACAGGGAGAAGUAUGUAUCGGAUGUGACAGAAUUGAAUCGUCAUGUUGCGCGUCACAACCAUAGAGGAGAAGACGAAGAAAACACUGUCUCGGUCAACACCAUGAAGAUCUCCUUCUUGCCUGAUCUCCAACUAGUUCUGUACAGACAUUGGUCUAUCUUUGAGAGUUUGAAGCACUCAUCAUACACAGCAUGCAACCUCAAGCUAUGGACACUGAAAGGUCAGAAGAAGCUGAAUGAGUUCUUGGCCGACAUGGGUCUGCCUCUGGCUCAAUGUCAGCAGAAGUUCUCCGCUAUGGACAUCACCUACAAGAACAGCAUUAGGGAGCUCCUGGAAAGCUCGGCAAGAAAGUUUGGACUGGAGAACAUUACGUUACCAUCGUUCCUUGCUCAGUAUGGAUUCAAGAAUAAGUUCUGUGCCUUUGAUAUUGCAUAUGCAGUAGAAGCCAUCUUAGAAUCAGUGGACAAGAACAAGUCAUCAGAGGAGAGGUUUUUGGAUGCACUAGAUUGUCUUUCAAGGUCGUACAUCGACAAAUUACACAAGGGAUUGGAUGCAUCUAAACUCCAGCUUCAGGCCGUGGUCAUUCAGGUCCAGAGCCUACUGGACAUGGGUCAAGUGGUCAGUGCUGGACCUUUCCUCUACGCCUUUUUGCCUGAGGGGACACCGGAGACCAAGUUCUUUGCCCAUCCCAACUGUCUGUCCAUGCUGGCAAGGUUUGCUCUGGAGGCCUAUGUUAAGAUGUCUAAGAGCAAGAAAGCCAAGAACCUUCCAUUGGUGAUGACAGCCCCUCUCAACUCCGAGACAGGCACAUCUCUGGUGAUCGGGGUUCCUCCUCUACCGGAGCUGGAGCAGUCUUCAAGAAAUUUCUUUGGCCGUGCUUUUGAGCAAGCUGGAAAGAAGACUGGUUCAAGGACUCUUCACAACCACUUUGAUUCAUCAAUUAUGGAGCUAAAGACAGGAGACAGAAGCAAGUUCUUUGAUGCUCUGAUAUCAUUGUUAUCAUAGGAAAACAAACAUAAGAAAACAACCAGGUAAAUUCAAUGGUGCAGACAAGUUUAAACCUGUAGGCAAACAAGGUACAAUUCUCUAUGUCUCUUAAUGGAAUCAUGAAUAGUUGUAAAUUUAAAUCUAAUAUACAGUUAACAACUAAAUUACUCAUACCUUUACCAAGUUUUAAACAUUUUAAGUAUGUGAACAGUUCAUUUAUCCGAAAUUGUGUUUCUUGAGAAUGUGACAUAUUACAGCUUACAUCAAAUAAUAUUCAAUGAAGGCCCUAAUUCAACCAAUCCACCUUUCAUCCUUGAAUUACAACCAAAAAGCCAAAAAACAUCAAAUUUUCAAGGGGUAUGAUAAUGUAAUUGUUAACUGUAAGUAUUUACAUUGUACAAGUCUUCACAUUUGGAUUUCUGUAUGAUAGUGUUACCCUUGAACAGGAUUUAGCAUUUUUUAGCAUAGAGUUGUCGUGGUCAAGUGGAUAUGUCACCGGACUGUGGUUCACAACGUCUGCGUUUCUAGUCCCGCCGCAGUACUAAUGUCUUUUGGCAAGAUAUUAAUCUACAUUUGCCACACUCAACCCAGGUGAGGUAAAUUGGUACCUAGGAGGAUUAUUCCUUGACAUACACUGUGCGCUGAUAACGGCUGCCGGAGCCAAAGCUAGGGUAAUAAUUUCCAAAGCUCUUUGGAAGCGAAUAGAGACUUUAUACCAUAAUGUGUUAUGCGCUAUACAAGAACAGACUAUUAUAUUUCCUUCUGUUUAAUUGUACAUCCUUUUCAUCUAGAGAUCAAUCUUGGGCCAGUCGAAUGUGUGUCUUUCCAAGAACUCUUUUGAUAUUAAAAUAAGUAAUCUUUCCAGAAAAUUGAAAGGCACUGGCGUAUGAAGAUGGAUUGCUUGAGCCCCAUUUGCACUUGAUUAACCGGCACCAGAAACAUGCAUGUGUCUAGCAUUAGGUGCUGGGAGGAACUACAUGUAGCACCUGAUAGAUAAUGCAAAUAUAGACCAUGAUUCAGGGAAAUGUUUAGAAUUACACUACUGUAUUUAUAUUGUUUGUCCAUAUGUGCAUUAAAAUGCAUCAUAUACCUUUAAUAAAUGGAUUUCUGUUAUAUAAUAUUAACUAUGAUUUAUAGCAUGUUAAUGCUAGUUCCCUUGUACAUAUUAUGUAAAUAGAUGUUUUUUGAUACAUUUAUUUGUAAAUACAUGCAAUUGUAUAAAAAAUAGAGUAUACACUAUAUGUGUUGCGUCCUUGUGUUGGAGUGGCUACCACAUAUAUAAGUAAGAUAAGAUAAGAUAAGAAUAAACCCCCCUCUGAGAAUUUCCUAUUCAAGGAUUGGUCCAGAACCGUUUAUGUGACCUUUUUUAAAAGAGUAACAUUGUAACUAAAUUUCAUUUUCAUUUCCUUUAGAAUAAGAUAAGUUUUCACUAGUUUGCAAAUUCGUAAUGAUCAGUUGUGCAUGCUUGUAGACAUUACUUCUUAUCUGGCCGGUCAAGUGAGUUGCUCUCAGCUGCAUUUACAAACAGCCAAGUUAUAUAUACAUGUAUACGAUUGGACUGCCGUCUGCGAAGCAGCAGCACAGGCAAGUUUUAAUUCUCGCUGGCUGACUAAAAUAACCUUAUUUUCCUGUGACAUCACUAAAUAGUAGUACGAAGAUAAUUAGGCCAUUACUUUCCUUGACGUAUAUAUUUUUCAUAAUAAACCUAAUAAUUCAAUAAUAAGGGAUA